AUGUCCUUAGCUGAUGAAGACCGCACUGUGGUUCCUGCAUCUCUCCAGUCAGCCUCUAAUGUCAACCGAUCCAAGGACUUAAUUCGCUGCCUGCCACUUCACCUGUCCCUGUACAUCUUAGGGUUUUUGGAUCAAAAAUCCCUUGAUGCAUGUACUGCUGUGAGUAGAUGCUGGGCUUUCCGGGCCAGAGAAGUCAGGAGGGAACAUGUGUGUCAAAGCACAGUACAGGAGAAGAUCCUGUACUUGCAGUUAAAUGAAGAGGGAGAUGUCAUCGAAGUGAAAGGCCACGACUUGGGAAGUAAAACAAAGGAGGAGGAAGGCAGUCUGCAGGCAGCCUAUCACGAUCUGCAAACUGACACGAUUCAGCUAGAAGAGAGAAAUGUCUUCUGUGGCUCCUACAAUAUUCGUGCCCUCUCAGACCAAUCAGACAGCAGCAGAACGAUCCAUUACUGUGGUGGAGACUUGGUAGCCGUUGGCUCUGCAGACCGAAAAGUGAGACUUCUUGAUAUGUCGGGAAUGAAAGAAGCGUCUCCUCUGCUUUCCGGACACGCUGGGAGCAUCAAAGCGCUGUUCCUCCAUGAGAAGAAAGGGUUUGUUCUCAGCGCAAGCUUUGAUCUCAGCAUCAGAUGCUGGAAUAUAUACAGUGGUGCCUGUGUGAAAAUCUUUAAUGGUCACUGUGGGACAAUCACCUGUUUGGAUUUACACGAAGAGCAGUUUGUGUCAGGAGCCAGAGAUGGGGUGGUGAAAGUGUGGGACCUGGAGACUGGGAAAUGUCUUCAGACUCUGAGGCACAACGGUGCUGUUCGGGUGGUUAAAAUGGAUGGCACCCGCAUUGUCACUGGCUGUGACCGAGGGCUGGUGAAAGUCUGGUGUGCUGACACGGGCACUCUCAUCAAAACAUUAGAGGGGCACCAAGGCGCAGUUACGUGCUUGUCUUUUGAUCAGUGGCACCUAGUCACAGGAAGCACCGAUGGAUACGCCCUGGGAUGGAGCAUGCUGGGAAACUUCAAGAGAUGCCUGACAGCUUUCCGCCACUCUAAGGAAGUUCUGUCUCUGGAGUUCCUCUAUCUCAGAGUCAUCAGCGGCUGUGCUGAUGGAAAGAUUCGUAUAUUUAACUAUCUGACUGGAAGCUGCCUGAGAGUGUUGAUGGCCAACCGCAGAGGAGACCCCAUAUCUUCUUUCUAUGUUGCAGAAAACAGGAUGGUGGUCAACUCCCCAAGCAGCCUGCUGCUGUUCCAGUUUGAGAGUGUCAGGUGGGACUACACCUUAGACGCUGACCGAGAGAGGGUGGGGAAGCAAAACCAACGCGACAAGGCUUCAAGCAGGAAACGGCUUCACCUCCAGCGAGCGGCACGCCACGACGUCGGCCAGGCGCCGCCGCUUGCUCCGGAGACACAAGAUGCUGACCAGCUCAUGCUGUCUUGCUGGAUCCGCCGCCAGUCACUGAAAGGCCGUGGAACUGAUUCUCUGACUAUGAAAAGAAUUUCUGUGCCCUUUGAAAGGAAAAUGCUGCAGCUGAAGAUGAAAAACUCUUUGCACGGACCCACUGUGCCAUCCUCCAUCCCUGCUCCCUCUGUUGUACGUCCCAAAACUUGCCGCGGUUUGCUGCAAGAAAAGCAAGCUCACGGGGGUCAUGGUAAAGCUAAUCCUCCCACCGAAGAUGGGGUUCAGCUUAUCGAUCCCUUUACAGCUUCUUCUGAACUGAUCAGAUCGACACGUACGAUGAUUGCACAAACAAAAAAUGAAGCUGUUUCCAGGAGAAAAAAGCUCUUUUGUCCGUAUGCUGCCGACCCUUCCUGUAGCGACAGUGGGUUCAGGCUUCUGACAGGAAAACAGAAGGAGGCAUACGAGGCAGCGGUUGUGGCUCAGCAUCAGGCACACCAGGCACAGUCCAUGGAAGAUCAGCAAAGAGCACGCAAGAAGGCUUGGUUAAGGAAAAUUAAAGGUCUACCUGUAGACUCUUUUACUGGGGAGGGGAAAAUAGCUGCUCCUGAACUUGGUCUGAAGGAAUUUAUCUGA